AUGUCUGCUCCUCGUGGUCGUCUCGCUGGCAAGAACGCCGUCAUCACCGGCGCCGGUGGUGGCAUUGGUCUUGAGACCUCUAUCCUUUUUGCCAAAGAGGGUGCUUCAAUCCUCAUGUCCGACAUUUCCCAGCCUGCUCUCGAAAAGGCCGCCGCCAAGGUCAAGCAGCUCGUCCCCGAUGCUCCUCGCGUUGAGAUUCUGAAAGUCGACGUCUCCAAGGAAUCCGAAGUCCAGGCCAUGAUCGAGUCACUCGACUCUUGGGGCGGUAUCGACGUCCUCUUCAACAACGCCGGUAUCAUGCACGCUCAGGAUGACGACGCCGUCAACACCCCCGAGAACAUCUGGGAUCUCACCCAGAACAUCAACGUCAAGGGUGUAUGGUUCGGCUGCAAGCACGCCGUCCUAUCUCUGCGCCGUCACAAAAAGUCCAAGGCUUCCAUCAUCAACACUGCUUCCGUCGUCGCUCUCGUCGGUGCUGCUACACCUCAGCUUGCAUACACUGCCUCCAAGGGUGCUGUUCUCGCUUUGACCCGUGAGCUCGCCAUGGUUCACGCCAGAGAGGGUUUCCGCUUUAACAACUUGUGUCCCGCACCUCUCAACACUCCUCUUCUUCAGGACUGGCUUGGCGAUGACCAGGCUAAGCGUCACCGACGUGAGGUCCACUUCCCCAUGGGACGAUUCGGUGAGGCUAUUGAGCAGGCUCAUGCUGUUGUUUUCCUCGCUAGUGAUGAGUCUAGCUUUGUCAAUGGUCAUGACUUUGCUGUUGAUGGUGGUAUGACCAAGGGUUAUGUCACUGCCGAGGGACCUGCGCAGCCUCCUCCUCAGAACAACGCCAGCAAGGACUCAUUGUAA